AUGAAGCGCAAGGGCUGUAAGGAUUUGAAAAAACGGUGCCAUCUGCAAAACAACACGGGGUAGGAUCUGCCACACAGUGCCUCAUUUUUCAUGGGUCCAUGUUUCAUUUUUUUGGCAGAAAAUAACAGGUUGUCCGGAUGACUGCAAAGCGCUUCCCCAUCUGAGACACAUCAGAGGACGCAAUUCUUCAAGUGUCUUCAUAUUUAUGGAAUAAAACCAGCCAUCAUGUCGGGGAAGUCAGAUGGGAAGAUGAAGUGGGCGGCUGUCAGGGGUCGCCUGGGCUCCUCGCAGGACUCAGAUACCCAGCAGGAGGCCAACCUGGAGAGCGCUGACCCAGAACUGUGCAUCCGCUUGCUGCAAGUCCCCACCGUGGUCAACUACUCAGGGCUGAGGAGGCGCCUGGAGGGCAGCGACCAAACAUGGAUGAUCCAGUUCCUGGAGCUCAGCGGGCUGGAUCUCCUCCUGGAGGCCCUGGAUCGGCUCUCGGGGCGGGGGUGUUCUCGCAUUGCCGAUGCCCUUCUGCAGCUCACCUGUGUCAACUGCGUCCGGGCUGUCAUGAACUCCUCUGCAGGGAUCCACUUCAUCAUAGACAACGAGGGAUACAUCCGGAAGCUCUCCCAAGCUUUGGACACUUCCAACACCAUGGUGAAGAAGCAGGUGUUUGAUCUUCUUGCUGCCCUGAGCGUGUUCUCUGCAGACGGCCAUCGCCUGGCUCUGGAUGCCCUGGAUCACUACAAGGGCGUGAAGACGCAGCAGUAUCGCUUCAGUGUGAUCAUGAAUGAGCUGCAGGCCACAGAUAACGUACCUUACAUGGUAACGCUCCUCAGUGUCAUCAACGCCCUCAUCUUCGGCACAGAUGACCUCAGGCAGAGGGAUAAGAUGAGAAAGCAGUUCAUUGGUCUUCAGUUACUUGAUGUUCUGCCAAAGUUAAGGGAGGAGGAGGAUGAAGACUUAAUUAUUCAAUGGGAAGCUUUUGAAGAGGCAAUGUCUGAAGAUGAGGAGGAGCUGCUGAGGGUCUAUGGGGGUAUCGACAUGAGUGAUCACCUGGAGGUGUUCACUACUCUCUUUAACAAGGUUAGCAGCACCCCAGCCUCCAUGCAGCUGCUGUCCAUCCUGCAGACGCUGCUGUUGCUCGGGCCGGACCACUCUGACAUCUGGCAGGCUCUGGAGUCCAUCACUAACAGAGCCAUACUGCUGGCCCAGGACUCUCAUAUGGAGUCCUCUGAGAAGAUCAUGCAGCGGCUGCUGUUCUCCAAGGGCAAGAGCUGCAGGGGUCAGCACGAGCUGGACGGGCAGCUCGGGAGGGCGGAUAAGGGGGUCCAGACUGACGCAGAUAGUGGGGAUGAAGAGAAGUCAGAGAAAAGCUUAACAUCCUCUCAGAAACCACUGUGUGCCUCUGCUCCACGUCCUCUUCUAACCCCAAGUAUGCUCCAACCUUCUAACCAGUGCCCACCUCCUCCUCCACCACUACCUGGGGGGUUUGGUGGACCCCCACCACCUCCGCCUUUGCCUGGAAUUCCACCACCACCGCCACUGCCUGGUGGUCUCGGUAUACCUCCUCCGCCACCUCCCUUACCUGGCAUGGGUGGUGGCCCACCACCACCACCUCCAUUACCUGGUAUGGGUUGCGGCCCACCACCACCACCUCCAUUACCUGGUAUGGGUUGCGGCCCACCACCACCACCUCCAUUACCUGGCAUGCCAGCUCCUCCGCCUCCCCCCGGCAUGAUAGUAGCUCAGGGUAGUCAGUCCCUGGGGUCCGCUGCCCCCACCAAGGCCCACCGAUGCCCCACCCUGAGGAUGAAAAAGCUCAACUGGCAGAAACUGCGUGCGGUUACGGAUGGUCACUCCAUGUGGGCCACGGUUCAGGGUGAGCCUUCUUCUAGGGAGCCGAACUACAGCAGUAUCGAGCAGCUGUUCAGUUUCCCGGUGACCGAGAACAAAGACAAGGGGGCAGCUGCUCCUGUCAAGAAGGAGCCUAAAGAGAUAACAUUCAUUGAUCCAAAGAAAAACUUGAAUUUGAACAUAUUCCUAAAGCAGUUCAAAUGCAAAAAUGAGGACUUUGUAGCCAUGAUUCAGAAUGGGGACCGUACUAAGUUUGACGUAGAGGUGCUGAAACAGCUUGUGAAGCUCCUACCAGAGAGCCAUGAGAUUGAAAAUUUGAAGUCCUUUCAAGGCGACAAAGAAAAGUUGGCAAAUGUUGACCGAUUCUACACCUCCCUUCUCACUGUUAACUGUUAUCAGUUGAGGAUUGAGUGCAUGUUGUUAUGUGAGGAGAUUUCAUCAGUGUUGGAUAUGCUCAAACCUAGAGCCAAGCUGGUGGCGGAGGCCUGCCAGUCCCUGAGAACUAGCACGCUCAUGCCCAGUUUCUGCAAGCUCAUCCUGGACGUUGGGAAUUUUCUCAAUUAUGGAAGUCACACAGGGAACGCUGCAGGGUUCAAGAUCAGCUCUCUGCUCAAACUCACAGAGACCAAGGCCAACAAGAGCCGCAUUACGCUGCUUCAUCACAUCCUGGAGGAAGCAGAGGUGAACCACCCAGAGCUGUUGGCGCUGCCAGAUGAUAUAGAGAUCUGUGAAAAAGCAGCAGGAAUUAGUCUGGAAUCUGUUCAGUCAGAAGCCAGUGCCUUACUAAAACGUCUGAAUGAGACGGCUAAGAAGGUCUCCAACUCUGACGAAGAGGUGAAGGAGCAGUACGGAAACAUUCUUCAGGAAAGUCUGGAGGCAUGUCAGGACUUGACCGAAACAUUAACGGAGACUGAGAAGACAAAGAGUGAGCUGGCUCUCUACUUAUGUGAAGAUGUCAACCAGCUGUCGCUUGAGGAACUCUUCGGAGCCAUCAAAACUUUCCGAGGACUUUUCCUCAAGGCACUAAAGGAAAACAAAUCCAGACGAGAGCUGGCAGCCAAGGCGGAGAAGAGGAAGAAGCAGCUGGCAGAUGAAGAGUCCAAGAGACAGAAGGGAGAGAAUGGAAAAAUCAUCAAGAAAGGCUUUGUGCCGCAGGACGACGACUGCAUCAUCGAUCACCUCCUGGCGGAUAUCAGAAAAGGUUUCAGCCUCAGAAAGACCAGGCCAAGGUGCGAUACGGAAAGCCUCCCUUCUAGUGAAAUUCGUAGGGAUACCCUCCCAUCUGGGUCAAGUGUGAAGCCUGUCGAAAAAAAAGCCGCAGAACUAGCCGUCACCUUCGCUCCCUCCAAACCUCCGCCAGAGGGUCCACGGCCCCAGACAAGCGGAGUGAACGGCUUCCUCAGCCCGUCAGAAGAGACUCCUCCAGCACCUCAGGGUGCAGUUCAAGACGGACCAGCUGCACCUCCCAAGGCACCCCCAGGAGAACCGGCCAUGAUGAAGCAGGCACCCCCGGUAAGACCUGCGUCGCUGCAGGGUGGGCUACACCCACAGGGAUCCGCAGUGUCUUCACGAGAUACGAUGCAACCUCAGCCUCAGGUUGAAGCGGAACAUCAACCAUGUUUCCCCACAAAUGGCUUCUCACCGGAUUCCUCCGAGGCUAGCGUCCUCAGCCCGACUUCCCUCUCCGAUUCUGACCUGCUAGAAGCUGUGUUGGAUGGCACGCCCAGCCUGGCGUCUGAGAAGAUGAUUCCCGAAGAGCCAGUGGAUGUUAAAGUAGAUAUUCAUAUGAAGGAAGGUCCUUUACCGAAUGCUAACAAUGUGCCGAGUAGUGAGAGAAACACAACGGGAGAUGAAGAAGGAGAAAUUAGUAAUAAAAUAAGCCAUUUAGCAGAGACUGUAGGACAAGAGAAGGGGCGAGAAGAGAGGAAGUGCAUUAUUGUGAAAACGUCUGUGACUACACUCAGUGAGGGCAUCGAGGACUUUGAUGUUCCCGAUGGACUGGUGUCACCAGAUCUGCCGUCAGUGUCUGAAGCACUGCCUCCAUCCCCUAAGCCCGAACCAAAGAGAAAGAGGAGCUUCUUUAAACCAAACAAAAAGAAUCCAGGUAACAGGGAGAAAGGACACACUAAACAUAAAAAAGACUGUGUGUUGCAGUGAGGUUACUCCAGAAAAAGAAAAUCGAGAGGAAAGAGAAAAUGUUAAUAUCGCACAGGAGUUGUGAACUGGAAGGACUACAAUACUAUUAGUUUGUGAAACUACAUGAGCAUUGACUCCUUGAAGAGGAUGCAGAAGUCUUCCUUUUGCAAUGAUUUGUUUUACAUGACCAAGAAGAGUAAACACAUCUUAAGGCUGGGAUUUCCGAACAUGGAUCUCCAAAUGUCUCUUUAUGUAAAUAGUUGUGGAAUUUGUGUGUGAGUGUUUUUGAUUCUGAUCUAUUGAAAAAAAGUGGCUUUAUAUGUUUUGUACAAUUGUUGUAAUAUGAAGUGAAUGUGUUUUUGCAUUACGCUCUAUUACCUUUUCAGCACCUUAUAAAGAAAGAUGCAGUGUUGUUGGUGCAAGAUAUUUAAUUUAACUAAUCAAAACAAAACUUCUUGAAUGUCUUAAUUUCUAUGUAUAUUAUCCAGAUGAUCUCUAACAGGAAAAUAUAAGGAUAUUUAAUGGAUUGUGAAUUGUGUUGUUAAAUAUAUUUUAAUAAAAGUGAAUUUACUGUU